CGACAAGUUGCCGUCCUUUGCCCAGCCCUUUGCAGUCCCAAGUCAGAAGUCCAAAAAGGGAGUUUCGCAGUUGUUAGUUUUCUCGGUUCGAAACGUCAUCGAUACUCGGCGGCCUAUACACAAGUGAGGCCGGCUCUUUUUCCGGUUAGCGUCACCGAUAGUCUCAUCAUUCCGGCGUGCGUGAAAUCGGCGGGGUGAAACCGCCCAUGGAACGAGAAACGGGGCUGUCGGUCCCGUCCGACUCGGAAAAGCCGUAUGUCUCGGAUCGGGAGGAUGUUAGAGAUCCACGGUCAUAUCUUGAACGCGAUGUCGAGACGGGCCCCGGAUCUGAGGAUAAACCAGGUGGCUCGGAUCUGCCGACGGCGCCGGGCAUGGGCAAGAGUGCACCCCAAAACUUACACCAACACGGCCCGAUCCCCAAUGGAGGGAUCGAAGCAUGGCUCCAAGUCCUCGGCUCGUGGGUCACGUUGGUUGCAACCUGGGGCCUGGUCAACACGUUCGGGGUGUAUCAGACCUACUACGAGACGACACUGCUCACGUCGUCAUCGUCUUCCGCCAUAUCAUGGAUCGGCUCGCUUCAGGCCUCCCUGCUGAUGCUAAUCGGUGUUGUGGCUGGACCUUUGUAUGAUGCAGGAUACUUCCGCCACCUGCUGAUCAGCGGGCUCUUCCUCAUUGUCCUCGGGCAGUUCAUGACAUCCCUGGGCACCGAGUACUGGCAGCUCCUCCUGGCGCAGGGCAUCUGCGUCGGCGUGGGCAUGGGGUUCAUCAUGCUGCCCUCGACCGCCAUCCUGUCGCAGUACUUCACCACGAGGCGGGCGUUCGUCAUCGGCAUCUCCAGCUCGGGGAGCCCGCUGGCGGGCAUCAUCUUCCCGGUCAUCUUCAGCCGGCUCGUGCCCAGGAUAGGCUUCGGCUGGGCGACGCGCGUGAUCGCCUUCAUCCUGCUGGGGCUGAGCGCGAUCCCGAUCACGUUCAUGAGGACGCGGGUGCCGCCGUCGGGCCGGAAGAGGGCGCUCAUCGACGGCAGCGCGCUGCGGGACCCGGCGUUCGUGCUGUUCAUGGUGGCGGGCUUCUUCAUGUUCCUGUGCCUCUACACGGCCUUCUUCUACAUCCAGCUCUUUGCCGAGAUGCACCACCUGUCGAGCGCCGAGUUCUCGCCGUACCUGGUCACGCUGCUCAACGUGGGCAGCGUGUUUGGGCGGAUCAUACCAAACUACCUGGCCGACAAGGUGGGCAGCGUGAACAUGGCGAUCGUAUGUGCUACCGUAUCAGCCGUACUCGCAUAUGGCUGGCUGGGCAUCCACAACCUGGGCGGCCUGGUGGUGUUUGCGCUGCUGUACGGGGCAUUCUCGGGCGGGAUUGUGUCUGUGCUGCCGUCAGCGAUCAUCACCAUGUCGCCUGACAUGUCGCGUGUGGGAACGAGACUGGGAAUGAUGUUUACGCUGACUGGAUUCUCCAUCUUGGUGGGCACGCCGAUUGCUGGGGCGAUCCUGGGCGGAUACAGUGACCGGGAGUGGAGAGGAGUGAUUGGGUAUUCAGCGGCGGGACUGACUCUUGGUUCGAUCUUGUACUUGGCCUCGAGGGCGGUUUCGUACAGGAGGAAUGGGAAGCUGGCUGCGUGAAGCAUGUGAGAGAGACAGACUGGGCGUGUGGCAUUUACAAUCCGGGUGUUUAUUACAAAAAGCCUUUCAUUUUGGUAACUCGGAAUGGUUCAUGGCAUGGGCCGUUGGGGCUAGAUGGCAUCAUGCUCGACGUGACUGCGGCUCGGUCUGUGUCGUGGGGUGGGAAGCUGUGAUACAUGCUCUUGGAGUCGAAGGGCAAGGAGGGUAGGCGCAGAUAGAGCACGAGCCUCCCAAUAUGCGCAAGACACAGAUUACAGACCUG